AUGGCGCGUACACGGGCUUGUAAAGGACGCCCUAGACUCCCUGGGCGCGUGAUACGGACUGAGAAGGAGGAAAACGUGAGGCGCGGGUCUACAGUUGAGGAGUUGAUGCUUUCGGAUAAUGGGAACGAGGAUGAGCGUGACAUAGGACAUGGGGUUCGAUGUUCAGUUGAAACGAAACGCAAUGAAGACAAUGUUCAUCACGUCAAUGUUGAGAUUAAGAAGGAGAAGGAAGAUGAGGAAAUGAUCAAGGUAGACAGGGAUGAAAAGGAAGAGGAGGACACUACACUCAAGCCCCAACAACCCAGAAAACGACCUCGCACACGCACACGUAUCAUCACACAACUCAGCCCUACCCCUCAGCUUUCCCCUUCCCCAUAUCCCAGCAAAAAACGCAAAACAACGACAUGUCCUCCACCCAGACGUAUAACGCGCUCUACCACAAAGCCAAAACGCAAAGUCUCUGAGAUUGAACCAGAGUCUGAUUCUGAAUCCGAACCUUCAUCAUCACCACCAGAAGACUCUGCAUCUGACUCUGUAUCUGACUCUGAAGACCAAGACGACGAACAGCAGACAUCCCCCACACCCCUUCUUCCCAGCCCUUUCGCAUCUCCCUCCUUCCUCCGACCGUACCUAUCCUUCCAGCUCUCUCUUUCGAAUCUCUCGGGCGAAAGGUACAGAAAAGCGGAGAAAAGCAUGAAGGUGGUACUUGACGCUGUUUCAUCGCUGAAGACCUCUACUGGAACGAGGAAGCAGAGGAAGAGUAAGGAUGAUAAGCGAGAAGUGGAGGGCAAGGGGAGGACAAAACCAGAAGAAAGAGACGACGACGUACUACCCAGAAAACAACGGGAACUGAACGAGCAGACGACACGGAGGUUGUUAGCGGAAGCGAAAGAAGGAGAGGAGGGGAAGAAGAGGGUGAGGGUGACUAAAACAGUCCGACGUCACACCGAUAGUAUCUCAUCCUCCUCUUCCGAAUCCACCCACCCCACUCCUCAUACUCCCCCCACACAUCCCCGCCACUCCGCAUCUUCACUAUCCUCAGGAUACACACCGCAGCGUACAUCCAGCCUUACAGAUUCCGCGGCAUCCGUCUCUUCCGCAGAAGAAAGCGAUGUCAUUGAGCGACAAGAGAGAAACGGGUUACGGCGGCGGAAGCGAGCGAUGAAGAAGAAACUCUACAUGAGAAAUAGGGGAGAAGAGGUGAAGCACGUGAAGCACGUGAAAAGGCGGUUGAACAGGGGAGAAGAGGAAGAGAAGCAAGUGAAGAAGGAGAAGCGAGCGAUGCAGAAGCAGAAGCAGAAGAUGAUGCGGUUGAACCCCAGACAAGGGGAAGAGAAGCCAGUGAAAGUGAAGGAGGAGGAGGAGGAGGUUGAAGUGAAGAAGAAGCCAAUGUCCGUCACUGAAAUGACCGUGAGACAGGAUAUGAUGGACAUGGUAUCGCGGAAUAGGGAUAGGACACCGGCUAUGUUUCAUACCGGCAAGCCGGUUAUGGUUGCUUUUAAUCCUGUGAUUUGGUAG